AUGGACAACGUUGCUAUGGCUGAUGCGGGGGACCGCAUGUUCUGCCAUGCGUGUGGUGGAGUUUGGCUGAAAAAUGCUGCUAAUGGGUUGGACUGUCCCCACUGUCAGUCCGAUUUCACAGAGAUUAUUGAAAUCCCGCCCGAUACAGAAGACCCCUCCUCUCGACCCGCGAAUGACUCCCCACCCCGCGAAGAGAAUAAUCAAACCAACGUCAACCCUUGGGCCGAUCACAACCCUUGGGCGAAUGAAGAAGACCAUGGAGCAGGCGACAACGCAUGGGGGCCAGGGUUCUCACGUCGUACAUAUAGGUCCCCCGAUGGCCGGUUUACUUUCACAACUACCACAACCACUUUAGGUGGUGGCGGCUUCCGCAUUGGCCGAUCUAUGGACCAGAGACAAAUGCAGAUAGACCCGUUGUUGCCGGUGGUGCGCAGCUUGGAUACUAUUUUCCACGGGUUGGCCGACACCUACCGGCAAGGCCAGAAUCAGAAUCAAACCCAGAAUCGGAACGCAACAGGUCAGGGAAAUGAAACGGACGCCGACGAGCAUCGAGCACGGAGUGAAUCGCCCGAAUUCCAUGCAACUGGCAGGUUAUUUGCGCGAGAUGCGGAUGGUCCGCAGCCGGUGGCACCACCUUUGGGCACCCUAGGCGAUAUCCUCGAACUGUUUCGUGCCGACUUUGGGGGCGGUGGGGCAGGUGGAGGAGUGCGUGUGAUGACUGGCCCGAAUCCUCUGGCCGUGCUUUCUACUCUGCUCAACUUUGAUCGACACGGAGAUGCGGUGUACUCGCAGGAGGAACUGGACCGGGUUAUCUCACAGUUGAUCGACCAGAAUAUCAAUCGAACCGGGGCUCCCCCGGCUCCGGAAAGCGCUAUUCAGGCCCUGCCGAAGAAAAAGGUCGACGAGGAGAUGCUAGGGAGCGAUGGCAAGGCAGAGUGCUCGAUUUGCAUGGAGCAAGCCGAAUUAGGCACGGAGGUCACAGUCUUGCCUUGCAAACACUGGUUUCAUUAUCCCUGCAUUGAAGCCUGGCUAAGCCAACAUAACACAUGUCCCCAUUGUCGCAGGGGGAUCGAUACCCGACAGGCUGAAGGAACCAGUCAGGAUCCAGUCGUCAUCAGCGACAGUCCUGAGCCUACAUCUCCCGAGCGCCGUCGUAGUAGUGGUUUAGCUCAGCAUAGCGGACAGGCCCCUCCCGCAUGGGGUGUACAUCCCUCGUGGAAUACUUCAGAAUCAGACGAGCAUAAUCAAGGACAAUCGAGUCACAGCGAAGGUAAUGAACAUAAUCAAGGACAAUCCGGUCAUAACGAAGCUAGCGGCAGCGGAGGGUUUACCGGGUGGGUUAGGAGUCAUUUUGGUGGCAGCUGA